GGGUUUACCUGCUGUGGCCUGCUCCAGCACCGCAGCGUUUCCUCCUCGUUCUAUGCUUUUGUGAUAGAACUUAUAUGAACGUUGGCUACAGGUUCUGGGAGAAGAGACACCUAACCCUCGGCAACAGGCUUGGCUGAGCUUUGGCUGUAAAAUACAUGCUUGCCGGGGUGUGCAGGCUGGCCCUCGCAGGACGGGAACUCUCCCUGUUGAUCGCGGUGGGUUUCCUCGCCCAAACUUUGGAGAAAGCAAAUUGGUACAGGAAAGGGGCUUUGACAAGGAUCAAUUUUUAUUGCAUAGUAAAGACUUGCAUUUUCCAAAUGCUUAAGGAUAUAGCCUACAGCAUUAAGCGUCUUUGAGUGGAUUUGAACAGUGGUACGUUGUUUAUGUGUGGGAACCACAAGGGUUGUUUUGAAUCAUUGUGGAGCUUACUGUGUGUUUGCUCUGGCACUAAAAAUUCAAGAUUAAAUAUAGUUGUGUGGAAUUUCUUAUCAACAAAGGGCCAUUAUUUGUAGAUUGUAAGUGAAACAAGACUUAAAUGCAGGAUGAAGAUGUAAUGUCAGCUUUUAGCGUUUAAAGUUAUGAAGUGUUUAAGGUUAUUGAGCUUUCUUCUUGUUUUGUUUUGAUGGGGUUUUUUUUAAUGACUGCUUUCUGGGGAAUACAGAUUGGAACUGACACAAAGCUGACCGGGGGUAAAGUAAUAGAGCAGGCAGGCUGCAAAGAAAAAUGACAAAUAAUUAUCAUGAUUAAUACAGGAAAGUUCAGUGCAAAAAUGGACACCUGAGUAUUUGCAUGGCACAGUGAAAGACAACUGGGAUAUAUAAAUAGACAAGGACUAUAAAUAUUGAAUUUCACCUUGUAUUUUAAAGUUUAAUAGACUCAUCUAAAUAUCAAAACCUGGAGUGUUCUGUGGGCCACUGCGGAGUUGACAUCUGCGGUAUUAUCAAAAGAGGGAAGGAAAAGAAGGCGGGGGGGGAGAGAACACACCACACCACUAGGACAUCUUCCAAACGGUAGCCUGGAAGACUGGGAGGACUUCUCCAGGCACUGCUCUAGCUCUCCCACCUAAUUAUAGUGCUUUACACCGAGCUGCUCUUGAGAUAAGUGGAACUGUUCUCUCCGCUAGCACCGAUGAGUUAUACUCCAGGGUUUAAACAUUCCCCCCGCCUCCCCCCCUCAGUGCACCCGGCGCGGGAGGCAGAGCUAGCAGCACCAGAGGUUUCGUGCAGACCUUUGUGUAAACACUGGGUGCCUUUUCUUCCCAAACAAUACCACAGCCCCUCAGCACCUCGCAGAGGAGGAAGCUGCUCUUAGGGAGUAGCUAAAAGUAUCGUUGUAUCCUGGCAGCAUCGAGGGGGCAGGAGGAAUAAAGGAGCGCUUCUGUCGAAGAAACCCAGUGGCUAAGUUAGUAAUAUUCCCAGAAAAAAGAAGGUACUAGCAUUUCAGGUGAGGAAAGAAAAAGCACUUUCUUCUCCUGAAAAAAAAAUCAAUGCAGAAUUCCAAACCGAUUAUUUAUGUCACUUGAUUCCCUUCUUCUAUACGUUUCUCCCGGCUACAGAUAGUGAGCUGUCAGGAUAAUUUGCAUGUACUGUAUCUGAUAGCUUUUAUUUGCAAACACUCUAAAGCGCCAUAAAACGCCGCUCGUUGUAGUCUAACUCAAUCUGAGAACUAGUAUUUUCAUCUGUAAAUUAAAGCAAUUACGCAGCAGAUAUUAUAUUAUGUGUACUGUGGUCUCCAGAUAGUCAUCAAUCACCCUCAAUCGAGCUGUCAGUGUGGGCAGAUUCGUUUCUGGGAGGCAGUCUUCCAGCUGGGGAGAAGAAGAGAACAUCAUCAUUAAUUAGAGUGUGACCCUGAGGCUAUUCACAUGUCUGAACCCAGGAAUCUCUCUGAGCAAGUCUGCACACCACAGAGCAGCAUUCAACUGCACCAGCAGCCCGGCUUCAGCCUCGGAGCUGACUCCGUAGCUUCCUCCACCCGCCUGACUGCUGACUACUCGCCCUGGCCCGGAGGUAGCUGGGCUUCGGGGGGAGAUUCUGGGGCCGCCGGACGGCGGAGGUGGCCGAAGGGCCCCAGCAUUUUCCCCCGACGGCCGCUACCCGGAGCCUGCCCCCUCCGAGGGACAUGUUGCCUGCUUGGGGAGGGGGCUCCCCAAACCCCCAAAAUGUAGGGAGGCUGCUGGCAGCGGCGGGUGUGUUGGGAAGGAGAAGAGGGUGAUGGAGGCGAGCCCCCUUUUCAGCCCUUCCUUCUCAGGGAGUCCCGGGGAAGCACCGAACCACCGGGAAAGAGGUGGAUGCUCUUGGGUGAGAGACAACACUUGGCACCUUUGAGCUGCAUUCCCCUCUCCCUCCACUCUCCUCUGCCUCAUUCCAGCUGUGUGCACCUCCGAGCCUGGGCAGGCUGGCUAGGGCCCUCACCCCGCCAAAGGCUGGCUUUUCCAGCGGAGCUUUGCGAUCGGAUCAAAGUGGUUCUAUCGUGAAAAGCCACGUCCUUUCAAUCAUUCCCCGGAAUACGCUUGUAGGGUUUCCUACCUGUAAUCACACGCCGGGAAUAAAAGCCGAAAAGAAAAGCAAGGAUUGCCAUGUCAUGUGCUUUAUUGUCAGAGGUAGCGCUAAUUUAAACUGUUGAUUAAAUCUUAAAUGAAGACUCAGUCGUGUGUCCCUUCAUAUGUCUUGUUUGUAAUUGAGACUAAUUAUUACUGUGGGGUGGGAAGAAGCAGCUGCUCAUUAAUUAAUUUCUAAUUAAAAGUGCUUACCAGCCUUUCAGUGACUAAGAAGGGUGGGGGGAAAUCUUAGCUGAUACAACAUCGAUCCUUCAGAUUAAACCCAAUCCUUCCCUUCCCCGCAGAAAUCCAUGGAGAUGCUGGAGGCAGCCUGUGUCAGAGAGCUUUCCAAACUUUCGCUCUGUUAGGGCAGAUUUCUCUCCUGUUAAGAGGGAUGCCGAGACUCUGUUUUCCACACCAGGGGAAAGGGUCCCGAAAAUGAAUGUUAAACUUCCAGGCAGGUUAAUCUGAAUAGGCUUUGCGUGACGUCAGAGGCUUGGCUCUUAAAACAACGUGCUUCUGAACGGCUGUAUUUGUAUCGCUUUUCUCUCCCCCCCCGCCCCUUUAUUUUUCCGUGGGUGAAAACUAUGUAUUUCUGCCGUCAUGUUUGCCAGCCUUGGAGCCCACAUGUAACAAUUAUUUUUGUUUCGUAGGUGUAGAGGGGAAGGUGCUAAAAUCACUGUGCAUCUUUUUUUAUUGUUAUUUUUUUUCCCCUUCGGUUAAAAAAACAAAAGGAAAGAAAGUUUAACAUUUCAUGUAAAUAAAUGUGGUUUUCUGCUUCGUCCUAUAAGCAUCUAGGGACCUGUGGUUACCAAUCAAUUGGUACAACAGAGCAGAGCCAGGCUGCAAUAGCGUGCAGAUCAGACGUCUCGCCUUGUUUCUAGAUAACCGGGAGCCUCUGUACCAUGUCAUAUCCUCAGUUUGGCUACCCUUACUCCUCUGCACCCCAGGUAAGAAUGUUUUGCCUGCCAGCGGGAACUGAUUGAAUCUCAGCCCUUGCUGAUGACUUCCGCCGGGGCUGAGGGCGCAGCGGUCCUCCCCGGCGUUGAGGGAGCAGUACCUCGGCCGGGAAGGAACACGCGGGAUUUCGGGUGUUAAGGGGUGAUAAUGACGCGGGGGGAGGGUUACAGAGGUGGGGAUGGUGAGAAGGUGAGCUACAGAUAUCCCCCUCUCCCCGGCCCCUCGCGCUUUUUUUCUCUUUCCCGAUUAAAUUCACAGUUUAACAAUUAAACACGCAAGUGCUGAGGUCCGGACUGUGGGAGCAUAAUGGGAUAUUCUAAACCAUCAGGUUAAUAACAGAUGCGUGCGUGGCUGCUACAAACCAUCAGUCAAAAUAAAUAUGCAUGAGUGUUGGGGGGGGGGGCGGUGUAUGUUAAAAAACGCAGAUGGGAAGCAUUGUGCUGCAAGGGGAGAAAACUGUUGUAAACCCAGCCUUGUGAGAGCGCCAGAAAAGUUAGGUGUUUUUCAAUGCAAAGGCUGGAACAACGUGGUACAGAGGAUUAAAUGCCCAGAGCCAUGGGGCGGGUGGUGGUGGUGGUUGUUGGUGGGGGUAAACUGGUAAAAUAGUUGCACCUCUGCAACCUCCAGUUUAUGACGAUAGAAGCAAAACGCGGAAGGGGAGGGAGGGGGGUGACACCCCAAAGCUGCGACCUGAUAAGAAAUAAUACAAACCCGAACUCGGUUUGGGAAGUCGUCCCCCGUCGUCGUCCCCCUCCCCAACGCCCCGCCUGCCCCCAGCGCCGUUCUCUUUCCCUCCAGUUCCUGAUGAGCACCAACUCCCUGACAACGUGCUGCGAGUCCAGCGGCCGGACGCUGGCCGAGAGCGGGGCGGCGGCCCCCGCCCAGGCGCCGGUGUACUGCCCGGUGUACGAGAGCCGCCUGCUCGCCACCGCCCGGCACGAACUCAGUUCCGCCGCCGCCUUGGGGGUCUACGGCGGCCCCUACGCCGGGCCCCAGGGAUAUGGAAACUACGUGACCUACGGCACCGAGGCUCCCGCCUUCUAUUCCUUGAACAGUUUGGAGACGAAGGACGGGAACGGGUCUGCGCAUGCGGGCAUCGCCCCGGCGGCUGCCUACUACCCCUACGAUCACACCCUCAGCCAGUACCAGUACGACAGGUACGGCACGAUGGACGGCGGGACGCGGCGGAAGAACGCCACCCGGGAGACAACCAGCACGCUGAAGGCCUGGCUGCAGGAGCACCGCAAGAACCCCUACCCCACCAAGGGCGAGAAGAUCAUGCUGGCCAUCAUCACCAAGAUGACCCUCACCCAGGUCUCCACCUGGUUCGCCAACGCCCGCCGGAGGCUCAAGAAGGAGAACAAGAUGACCUGGCCCCCGCGGAACAAGUGUUCGGACGAGAAGCGGCCCUACGAAGAAGAGGAGGAGGAGGAGGAAGAGGGCUCGCAAGAAGAGGCGAUGAAGAGCGGGAAAGCCGAGGAGCCCACGGGCAAGGAGGAGAAGGAGCUGGAGCUCAGCGACCUGGAGGACCUGGACGCCGCCGAGUCGGAGAGCUCGGAGUGCGAGCUGAGGCGGCCCUUCCCGCACCCGCUCCCGCACCCGCUUCCUGGCGGCAGCCACCCGCCGCGGGCCGCCGAGCCCCCCUCCAAGAUGCCGCCGCCGCCGGCCGCCGCCGGCGAGGAAGAGGAGGAAGAUGAGGCGGCGGCGGGGCGGGCGCGGAGCUGCCUGAAGCCAGCGGCGGAGGAGUGCGGCCCCGACCCGCUCGGCGCCCGGCAGCGCGGCUGCGAGUCCAAAAUGUGCUUCCAGCAGGGGCAGCAGCUGCUGGAGGCGAAGCCCAGGAUUUGGUCCCUGGCGCACACCGCCACCUCCCUCAACCAGGCCGAGUACCCCUCCUGUAUGCUGAAGAGGUCAGGGGGCUCGGCCACCGCCGCCGCCGUCUCCGCCCCGGUCAGUGUCAUCGAUAGGCACCAGGAUUCGCCGGUCACCAACCUCAGGAACUGGGUGGACGGGGUGUUUCACGACCCUCUGUUCAGACACAGUACUUUGAACCAAGCCCUGAGCAACACGACAGUAUCUUGGGCCACCACCAAAGGAGCCAUCCUGGAAACGGGCGCCCUGGGACGUGCGGUGGGGAACGGCGCCAAUGGGCUCAAGGGGCAGCUCUCAAACCUGGCCCACCAUGACUCAAACAAAGAGUUUCUGGCCUUUCCCAAAUCAGGAAGCAAAAUGUUUUGUUCCUAACAGGCCCUCAGGAAGCAAAAUGUUUUGUUCCUAACAGGCCCACCGAGGGCCGGAGGACUUUCGAGCGCUUGAAAAGUCAGCUACACUGAAAAGAGACUUGCGAGAGUUUAAAUAUAAAACUUUUUUUCUUCCUUUUUCUUUUCUUUAUUUCUUUUAACCAAGGAUUUAAAGUUCAGUUUGCUCAGUUUAACGGACAGACUUUGCUCAUUGCUGUUCUGAAGAAUUUCUCCUGGCUGCGACUUUAAGGGAUCAGUGUCGUGAAAGUUAUUUAAUUCCAUGUCCAAAAAGCACGUACUAUAGCGUAGACCUACUUUAAAAAGUUUACAUCCGAAAGUUUACAAACGGGAAAUUUUAAUUCAGAUUUAAUUUAAGGCAUGCCGACAUUAGUUAUAAAGACUUUCUGAGAGUUUUUCUUCCUGAUUUCCUUGUUAGCAUAUAAUUCACAAACAGCACUUCUACUAAGUUUACACCUACUGCACAAAUUUAUCUUGAGAAAAGAAAAAAAAUAUGUUAAAAGGUAUGUUCACUCCAAUAAAUUGUCUGUUUCAGAGGUAA